AUGGUGGCAAUAAAUAACUAUGCUUCUUCUGGUAUGUUACCUUCUUCUGGUAUGUUACCUACGAAGCAGAAGAAACAUGCCGGAUUCUAUCCCUCAUAAUUAUCUCCUGGUGAUCCUCACCUUUUUCUACUUUUUCAGCAUUUCCUCUGCAAAUCUGCAUGCAUGCAAUCAAAAAGACCGCAACUCUCUCUUGUCCCUACCUUUUAUUAACACCUCUUCCCCUGCUUUAAAUUGGUCUGCCACUGAUUGUUGCCAUUGGGAAGGUAUUUCUUGUGAUCAUAAAAGUCGGGUUACUCAUAUAUCGUUACCCUCUAAGCGUCUCAAAGGGAGUGUAUCUCCAUUUCUUGAAAACCUCACAAGCCUCUCUCACCUCAAUCUCUCCCAUAAUUCACUUUCAGAUUCUCUUCCCCUCCGAUUCUUUUCAUCCUUGAAUCAACUCAAGGUCCUUGAUUUGAGCCACAACCAUCUAGCUGGAGAUAUAUCACUGUUAUUUUCAUCUAAUGGAUCAUGGCCUGCCUCCAUUCAAACAAUUGACAUUUCUAACAAUGAAUUCAAUGGGUGGAUCCAAUCCUCAUUUCUCCAACAAGCAUGGAACUUGACCGAGCUCAAUGUCUGCAACAAUAGUUUCAAAGGGCCUAUUCCUUCCUCUCCUUGCAUCAAUUCUCCCAACCUCAGUCUCCUUGAUUUCUCCGGCAAUAAUCAUAGUGGCGAAAUUCCUCGUGGGUUAGGAGGAUGCUCCAAACUAAAGAUUUUCCGAGCAGGAUCCAUCAACGAUGGCAUUGUGAACCUUACAAAGCUCUCCAACCUCGAGUUAAGUGACAAUAAAUUGGGCGGCAAGCUUCCACUGGAUUUUGCAAAGCUUUCCAACUUAAAGCUCCUACACCUUCGAAAUAACUUAUUCACAGGUUCUUUGCCCCCGUCAUUGAUGAAUUGCACAAAUCUUAUCCAAUUGGAUUUACGAAACAAUUCGUUUCAAGGAAACAUCUCCAACCUUAAUUUCUCCAAUCUUCAACAACUCACCAUACUUGACCUGGGUUUUAACAACUUCACCGGAAAUUUCCCAGUGAGCCUUCUCUCAUGCAAGUCCCUAAGAGGAAUUCAAUUUCCCAUAAUCGAUUAGAGGGAGAAAUCCCGCCUGGGGUGGCUCAAUUGAGACAUUUAUCUUUCUUCUCCCUCAGUUUCAAUGGGCUAACUAAUUUCACAAGUGGAAUCAAGAUUCUGAUGCAUUGCAAGAUGCUUGAUGUUGUUCUUAUGGCUCACAAUUUCCUACAGGAGAUGAUUUCAAAUGACGACAUCAAUAUGGUUGCUUCUAAUGGAUUCAAAAAUCUUCAGUUUUUGGAUCUUAGUGAGUGCCAACUGACCGGUCAGUUUCCCAUAUGGCUAUCUAAGCUUCAGAAGCUAGAAAUCCUAAAUCUAAAUACCAAUCGUAUGACAGGUUCAAUUCCUGGUUGGUUGUCAACCCUUCCAAGACUUAUCUCUUUACAAUUGUCUGAUAACCUCAUUUCAGGUGAAUUUCCAGAGGAACUCUGUGCAUUGCCAGCACUAGUAUCAGAACAGGAUCUAGCAGAUAACAGCUCUUUUCUUUUACCAAUUUUUAACAUAAACAUGAAUAUUUGGUUUCACCAGUACAACUCCAUCCACAACUGGAAGCCAAAUAUAGUCCUUAGAAACAAUAGCCUCAGCGGCCACAUUCCUGUAGAGAUAGCACGUUUGAAGCAACUUCAUACAUUGGACCUUAGCCAUAACAACUUCUCAGGCAACAUUCCAAGCCAAAUAUCCGAGCUUACGAACUUGGAAGAUCUGGACCUCUCUGCAAAUCAGUUGUCUGGGAAAAUACCAGCAUCACUAAUAAGUUUGAGUUUUUUGCAUACUUUAAAUGUUUCAGACAAUAAACUAUACGGAGAAAUACUAUCAGGCACUCAGCUCCAAAGCUUUGAUGCCUCUGCAUACAAGGGCAACCUUGGACUUUGUGGUGACCCACUUCCCAAGUGUGGCCAUCUUACAAGAGACAGUAGAGACAUGGACAUUCAUGAUGAGGAAGAUGGAGAUUCAAUCCCAUGGUUUCAUAUUUUUGUGGUGCUUGGCUUCAUUACAGGAUUUUGGGGAGUGUGUGGUCCUCUGUUAUUAUACCAUAAUUGGAGAGUCGCAUAUUUUUCAUUCCUAGACAAGUUAAUAGAUAAGCUCGAUGAGGCAAUUGCGGUCAGUGUCUCUGGCUAGAUUGUGCAGAAGGAGCCUAGUAUAUACAUGAUGUUCUUUUGUGUAAUAAAUUGGCCUGUCUGGAGUUA